AAUCUCAAAAGUGAUUGAUUUAUGUAGACAACAGAAUUAUAUUUUUUUGACAAAACAAUAUAAUGACUAUUAAUUUAAUAUUAUCAUUGUUUGCAAUCAUAACGUUUUUUGAUACAAUAUUUGCAAUUACCGUAUCAUUAAAUGGCAAUGAUUGGUAUGCGACAAAUCAAAAUAAAUCGCUACGAGUUGUGGCCAAAGUUCCCGGUUCUGUAUAUACAGACCUCAUGAGAAACAAUGUACUCAAAGAAGAUCCUUAUUAUGGAACCAAUGACUUCAACUAUAAAUGGGUGGCAUUUGAUAAUUGGACGUAUGAUAAGACAUUUAAUGUUGACGAAACAAUAAUUAAUAAGAAAGGAGUAUAUCUUGUUUGCCAUGGAUUGGAUACCGUCAGCAAAAUAUAUAUAAAUCAAGUAAUGAUUGGCACAACCGAUAAUAUGUUUGUCCGCUACAAGUUUGACAUCAAAAGACACUUAAGAUUAGGUCAAAACACAAUUACCGUUUCGUUUGAAUCGGCCCUCACGUACGCUAAAAGAUUGCACGACCAACACGUGAGGGACCGUUAUAUAGUGCCUCCAGAGACGACACCAUUUGCUCAAAGAGGUGAUCUUCACGGCAAUUAUAUUCGUAAAAUGCAGUCUUCAUUUAGCUGGGAUUGGGGACCGUCAUUUCCUACACAAGGCAUUUGGAAAGACAUAGUUAUCGAGGCCUACGAUUCAGCAAUUAUUAGAGAUAUCAAAGUGGAUACCAUUCCCAUCAAUAGUAAUCGGUGGCACUUAAACAUUACACUUCAUUUAGAAUCCAUAUAUAAUACAUCUUUUGAUGGUUUGGUUCAGAUAUUUCUUUACAAUACAGAACUAUUUAGAAGUCGAAUAUCAUUUGUUGUGGUAUCUGAUGGUAGCGUAACACUGAGUCUCCCGGUGCCUAUAAAUGAGUCUAUUGUUAUACAUGAAUGGUACCCAAACGGAAUGGGCUCUCAAAUGCUCUACAAUUUAAGAGCCAUUGUAACGACUAAUGAAGAUAUAGUUCAUAAAGAUAUUAGAAUUGGUUUUAGAAAAAUCGAGUUAAUUCAGGAUCCGAUUCAACCGCGAGGUUUGACAUUUUAUUUUAAAGUGAACGGUAAACCCAUGUAUGCCAAGGGUUCCAAUUGGAUACCGGCUCAUGUAUUCCCGGAACUAUUAACUACAGAAUAUAUUAGAAAUUUAUUACAAUCAGUUCGCGAGGCAAACAUGAAUAUGUUGAGAGUAUGGGGCGGAGGUAUCUAUGAGGACAAUGAAUUUUAUCAGAUGGCAGAUGAAAUGGGAAUAUUUAUUUGGCACGACUUCAUGUUUGCCUGCGCUCUAUACCCAGUGACUAACGAUUUCUUAAAUUCUGUUGCCAUUGAAAUUACACAACAGGUUCGCCGUUUACAACAUCAUCCGUCUAUUGCUCUGUGGGCUGGAAAUAACGAAAACGAAGCGGCAUUAGCACAGUUCUGGUGGCCGGAGAUAUUGGUUAAUGGCAAAAUAUACAAAAAAGAUUAUCUAACACUUUAUGUAAACGUUAUCCGAGAGAUAGUUAUACGAGAAGAUAAUUCAGGAAUAUAUUUAACGUCGAGUCCAUCAAAUGGUUUGGAGACUAUUAGAAAUGGUUGGCUAUCUAACAGCCCUCAGGACAAUGCCUUCGGUGACGUCCACUUCUAUUACUAUCACUCCGAUGCCUGGGAUUGGACCAGAUAUCCAAACACUAGAUUUUCUUCAGAAUAUGGCUUUCAAUCGUUUCCAUCAGUAAAGUCUUUGUCAAAAGUUGUCAACAUAUCGGACCUAAGAUAUCCGUUAAGUGAUGCCAUUAGUAUAAGACAACAUCACACUAAUGGUAAUAAUGAGAUAUAUUAUUUGAUUGAGAAAAAUAUGAAACUUCCGGUCGCCGGAGGAAUAGACAGAUUAGCCGAUUAUAUAUAUUUAUCACAAAUUGCACAAUCAAUGAGUCUUAAGGCGGAAACCGAGUUUUAUCGCCGUAAUCGUAACAUUAGUACAUUUAAUGGCGAGGGCUUUACUAUGGGUGCACUGUAUUGGCAGCUCAACGACAUAUGGCAGACACCGAGCUGGUCGUCCAUCGAGUUUGGCGGCAAAUGGAAAAUGGCUCACUAUUUUGUUAAGACAAUGUUUGACAAUCUAUUAGUGGUUCCCUAUGAAGAUAAAGACGUAUUAAAAGUAACACUAAUUCGUGACGAUUAUUCAGGAGAUAUACCAAUGAAUUUAAAAAUAAAAGUAUUUAAGUGGUCAUCACUGACUCCAUUACUUGUCAUAAACAAUAUAGUAAUGUCGAGAAGUAUGUCGGCUCUUAUGAUCUACGAAAACAAAACAUCAGAAGUGUUGAGAGCAGCUAAUUGUGUGGACAGAAAUCAAUGUGUCAUUGAAGUGACUGUUGAUAAUCAACAAAACAAUUGGCAAACAAAUAAUUUUCUGUUAUUGAGUCCACUAAAAGAUGCAUUCGGUUUGAAAGAUCCAAAAAUUAGGAUAAUACAGGUGUCGGGUCCGCAUAACUAUACUCCCGAUUAUGUCUAUGAUAUUGUUUUACAUACAGAAAAUAUAGCACUAUUUGUUUGGUUGGAUUUUACUUUAGAUUCAGAUAUAUUGGGAGAAUUUUCUGAAAAUGGUUUUUUAUUAUCUAAUGAGAAAAAAUUUAUCAGAUUUUAUUCAAAAAAUCCUAUAGAAGUGGAUAAACUUAAAUCACAAUUAAUUAUUAAGACUUUGGCUAAUGUCAAGACUCAGUAA